GUGCUUCUCUGACGCACCAUCGGAGAGGAGCAUCCCAGCCCCACUGGCUGCACUGAAGACAUUCUUUCUCGCAGUCUCGCCCUCGGAACACUGCAGCCAAGCUCGUGCGCGGCAUCUCUGUCCUCAGUGCGAAAAGCCCGUUUCAGACGCAUAUUUAGCGCUGCGUUUUGCAAGGAUGCGAGCGGUGACUUGUCGCUGGGAAUUUACUUUAUACGUCUCUGCUUCAACUGUUAACGACUGAUUGAUCUCAUCUUUACAGAGGUUAACGCACUGGGACAUAUGUUUGCCUCAGAUAAGUGUCUCAAGAUAAAGGCGAAGAGUAAAUGAGAUGCUUCAUUGACUGGAGGCGACUGGUCAUAGAUUUCUCUCUGCUCCACUAAGCCUUGUAUUCGGAAUAAUCUUUGAUUGGAGCGGUCAUCCAGUAGAAAUAUUUGCUCGGCUUGUGUCAGUGUGAAAAGACGCGCUGCCCACUGCAGGGGCUUCUGCGGUGCUCGUCUGCUCUGUUUUGUUUCCUCGACGGGUGAGCGUCUGAGCACUCCGGACGAGGGGCUUGCAAUGCCCGGUCAGUAAGGCAUCGGGGAUCAUUUUGGUCACUGCACACGGUAGCAUGGCUCCAUCCCGAUGGGACUGCGGUGGCUUGGGGAUGUUCCUUCCGAUGGGAUGCCUGCUCCUAUCUGCCCUGCUCUUCCAGUUCGCCCUGGCCAAGGUGUGCAACGACCGCACCAAACACGGACAGGACAACAACUGGUUCGCCAAGGACGGCGAGAACUUACCCAUAAUGGUUCUUAUGCCAAUGAACGAGUCUGCUUUGAUGAGCAGUAUCAGCCAGGGCAUUGAGCCUGCGGUCCAGCUGGCCAUCAAGCACAUCCGGGAGUCCAGGAAAUACACCUUCUCUCUCAUCACAAAAAUCUAUGACACCGAGUGUGACAACGCCAAGGGACUGCGGGCCUUUUUUGAUGCCAUAUGCUACGGCCCCAAACACCUGAUGAUAUUUGGAGGCGUCUGCCCGUCUGUGACCUCCAUCAUCGCUGAGUCCUUGGAGGGAUGGAACCUGGUGCAGCUCUCAUUUGCGGCCACAACCCCUGUGCUGGCAGACAAGAAGAAAUACCCAAACUUCUUCCGUACAGUACCAUCAGACAACGCGGUCAACCCGGCUGUGGUCAAGUUCCUCAACUUUUACAACUGGAGUCGAGUUGGGACACUCACUCAGGACGUGCAACGCUUCUCUGAGGUGAGGAACGACCUGACCAAUGAGCUGGAAAAGGCAGACAUUCAGAUCGCAGACACAGAAAGCUUCUCCAAUGACCCGUGUGUCAAUGUUAAAAAGCUCAAGGACAAUGAUGUUAGGAUUAUAAUUGGACAGUUUGACGAGAACUUGGCAUCCAAAGUCUUCUGCUGUGCAUAUAACCUGAACAUGUACGGAAGUAAAUACCAGUGGAUCAUUCCUGGAUGGUACCAAGGAAACUGGUGGGAGCAGGCCAACUCCACAAACUGCACCACGAAGAAGCUGCUGGCCGCCAUGGAGGGCUACAUCAGCGUGGACUUCGAACCGCUCAGUGCACGGCAGAUCAAGGGCAUCUCAGGCCGGACCCCUAAAGAGUACGAGCGAGAAUACAAUCGCGAGCUGUUACAGAAAGGCAUCGAAUCCAGUAAAUUCCACGGAUUUGCGUACGACGGCAUCUGGGUCAUCGCCAAAACCCUGACCCGAGUGAUGGAGCUGCUCAGAAUCAAACAACGACAAAACUUCCAUAACUUCACAGUAGACGACCGGGAAGUAGGGAAACUAGUACUGGAUGUAAUGAACGAAACCAACUUCAAUGGAGUCACAGGUCAAGUCAUGUUUCGGAAUGGAGAAAGAAUGGGCACAAUCAAAUUCAACCAGUUUCAAGAGGGCCAAGAAGUAAAGGUGGGAGAAUACAACGCAAUCGCAGAUGUUCUGGAUCUCAUCAACAACUCCAUCCGAUUCCAAGGUGUGGAGCCCCCCAAAGACCGGACCUUUGUGCGACUCCAGCGACGUCACAUUAACGUUCCCCUCUACAGCAUCCUCUCCACCAUGACCAUAUUAGGCAUGCUUAUGGCUGGGGCCUUCCUGUUCUUCAACAUUAAAAAUCGUAACCACAGACUGAUCAAGAUGUCAAGCCCCUACAUGAACAACCUGAUCAUCCUCGGAGGCAUGCUCUCCUACGCCUCCAUCUUUCUCUUUGGUCUGGACGGAGGAUUUGUGUCCGAUACUGAAUUUGAGACUCUUUGCACUGUUCGAACUUGGAUCCUCAUCGUUGGAUACACCACGGCUUUUGGCGCCAUGUUUGCAAAGACCUGGAGGGUGCACGCCAUCUUCAAAAAUGUGAAGAUGAAGAAGAAGAUCAUAAAGGACCAGAAACUCCUGAUUAUCGUUGGUGGGAUGCUGCUAAUUGACUUGUGUAUCCUCAUUUGCUGGCAGAUUGUGGACCCACUUAAAAGGACUGUAGAAGAGUACAGUUUAGAGCCGGAUCCUCACGGCCGAGACAUCGCCAUCCGUCCUUUCUUGGAGCACUGUGAGAACACCCACAUGACCAUUUGGCUUGGCAUCGUUUAUGCCUACAAGGGACUGCUAAUGUUGUUCGGCUGCUUCCUGGCAUGGGAAACAAGGAACGUGAGCAUCCCCGCCCUCAACGACAGCAAAUACAUUGGCAUGAGUGUGUACAAUGUGGGCAUCAUGUGUAUUAUCGGGGCGGCAGUGUCUUUCCUCACACGAGACCAGCCAAACGUGCAGUUCUGUAUCGUGGCUUUGGUCAUCAUCUUCUGCAGCACCAUCACACUGUGUCUCGUCUUUGUCCCGAAGUUAAUUACCAUGAGAACAAAUCCGGAUGCAGCCACUCAGAACCGGAGGUUAAAGUUCACCCAGAAUCAGAAGAAGGAAGACUCCAAGACCUCCACCUCCGUCACGAGUGUUAACCAAGCCAACACUUCGCGGCUAGACGGGCUCCAGACAGAUAACCACCGGCUGCGCAUGAGGAUUACAGAGUUGGAUAAAGAAUUGGAAGAAGUGACCAUGCAGCUGCAGGACACGCCCGAGAAAACUCCCUACAUCAAACAGAACCACUACCCAGAUGCAAACAACAUCCUCAGCAUACGCAACUUUACCGACGGCAAAGAUGGCGAGAAGUCCAUCUUGAAAAACCACUUGGAGCAGAAACCCCAGGCGCAGUGGGGCUCCAUGGACCCGUCCCGAAUAAACCGAGGUCCCCUGGAAGACAUCAACUCACCGGAACACAUACAGCGCCGACUGUCCUUACAGCUGCCCAUCCUGCACCACGCUUAUUUACCAUCCAUAGGAGGGGUGGAUGCCAGUUGUACAAGCCCAAAUGGGAGCCCUGGUUCCAGCCCACGACACAGACACAUGCCCCCCUCAUACCGGGUCAUGGUCUCUGGCCUGUGAGCUUCGUUCACACCCCACCUGGCUCUUUGCAAAUGAGACAUGUGUGUUUAUUUUUACACAGACAAGACUGAUAUCAUCAGCAUAUGUGCGUUACGUCGUCUCAGAAUGGAGGGACUUAGGGAAGGAGGCUUUCACCCUUGAGAUCUGGCCUCUAUUACGACUUGGAACCCUUAAAGUCAGGACGGGGUGUGAAGAGGCCAUGGGCGACCCUGUAGGAACUCAUUUACUGCGAUGUCCCCUUGUGCAUCUGCUCCUCUUGCCUAAACACAAUGAAGUCCACGCCUGCACACAGCUGACAGGCCCUGACCAGGACGUGUAGCCUUAUGGAGGGAAAUGUCUCUUUUUGUUAUCCGUCGUAUGUACUGUAUGAGCUUGCGUGUUCACGUGAGCUUGUCUUCUAAUGUGAGUAUUUUACAGUUACAAGUGACUGGCAUGGGAACGUGGAAUUUACAAAACCCCAACAAAGGAGUAUUUGCAUCGCACCCUUUUCAAAGUGACUUGUGGAGACAUGUAAAUAUCAUUUUUUGACUUGAUGUACUGUAACUUUGUAUAUGCUGUGAAUGAUCAGAUCAAUUCUAUGUGCGGUACAGGUCUUAAAAACUAGAGUUUAUAAUCAGAGAAGCAGAUAUAUUUAUGAGGGAAAAAUGAAGAGGGACUGCUUUGAGGCCAGGUGCUGAAAAAGUAGCUAAUGAGCAGUGAAGUAACUCAUUAUUAAAGUCACAAUACAAGAAAGGGGCCAUUUUAUAAUGAAAAUGCACAUUAUUGUUUUUCACUCUGCUAAACUUGCAAGUCUGGUUUUAAUCGAUUAGUUUACAUAUUUUUUUUUGCCUUUUCAUACUUGCAUAAUACAUCUGCAGAAAGCAACAGAAGACUGCUUACGACAGAAACACUGUAUGUAACACUACAAGGUGUUCCACGGUUGUUCCAUUUGUGUUGUAAUGUGCAGCACUCUUAAUAUUGUUCAAAGGCAAGAGAGAAUCGUCGGCGAGUGCUUGCAGUCAUGUUUUAUGGCCUGUUCAUUGCCCCCGCAGAGUGGUUUGCACAGACUGUUAUGAUGUCCAUCUGAUCCAGCUAAACCAGCACAGUUAAGGGCAAUGAGGUUCAAGGCAGAGGCUAAAAGGCACAAGACUACUAUAAAACUCCAAAGUGAGGGAUGCUGGAAAGGAUGUAGGUCUACCACGCCCAAAUAAGGAUCAAGUGGUAGACCUGAAUUUCCAUGUGGUGGUGUAGGCGGUGAACACAGAGACACCCACCCACUUUCCUGUAGCUUUCUAGUGACAGUAGAGCAUAAAGCACAGACACAGGGCUUUCUUCACAGUUCAUAUUGACUUGAGUGUCAUGAAAAACACUUCACUUAUCAACAGUGUCCAUACCUCAGUUGCUAUGGAAAUGUUCCAACUUACAUUCAAACUUGGCUCAAGAAAGCAAAGAGGUCACAGUUGUGAACACGAUGUCGUCAUUUCUCUGCAACUGUCCUCAGAGACGAAGUGAACAGGGAGAGUGGACAGGUUGAAGAUAUUUGUUGUGACUGUGAAAAGGUUUGUUCUCAGCAUAUGUUUCACCAUUGGUGUCUUGGUUUUUAGUUUUUAAGGCGUCUCCGUGCGCUGUGCCUGUUGUCUUAUACUGUAGCCUAUACAGGAUCCACUGAACAUACCAUUAGACUGAUAAUGACAAACAAACGACUACAUUGGCCGCACCUGUGUAAACCAUAUGUGUCAUAGUUUUAUUUUGAUUCGACGCCUCAAUGCAUGGGACAGUAUGGGAGUCAGGUCCACUCCAGAUGAGCUGGCCCUCCUGUGGAUCAAAAGUACACUUACAGGCCAGAGACCAGCAGCAGAGGUCCACCUGCUACAGGACAUAUCAGCCCCUGCUUCAGGGGCAGGAAAACCCCGAGCACAGACCUCCAGGAGUCACCACCUCCCGCACCUUUGCCAACCAGAGGGUUACUGUCACUUACUUAAGUGAGAGACUUUGUCAAAGGUUGGCUCUUCCUUUGGGAGAGGAGGAGCCAUCCACACAUUUUAUAUAAUACAUUCUAUGUGAUUGUGUACAAUUUGCUGAUACCCUGAUGAUGGUGUCCAUGUCUGGAAUAGUUUGGCUUCCUUAAGAUGGCAUGAAAUCAAAUGUAAGUCACAGAGGUACUUCUGUUUUUGCGGCUGUCGUGACAAGUCCACUGCAUUGUUCAUCUCACCAUCAGUUGUUUUUAUCUUGUAUUUUUCUUUUUAGCCUUUUGAUCAACGUACACGUCAAUGCCAAGAUUCUCAGUGGACUAACAUCACUAAUACACAGAAUGAACUAUGCUACUGGUUUAACAGUUCCACACUGAGGGCAAUAAUGUGACAGACGUAGCAGUCAGUUAUGAAUUGAUUCAACUUACUCCUGGCAUUAACCAAUCCAGUUCAUCCAAAUGCCAAAUGCAGGUCAUCAGGUGUUUUAUUACUGUGCCCGAUAUAUUUUAUUGAGUUUCUGUUCAGUCAAUGUGGAUGAAUACUUGUCCAAAUGCAAUUGUGGUAGGUCAAGGGCUCAUCAUUUCUGUGAGAAAAAGCUCCUGGUUUGUAUUUACCACAGGUGACAUAUACGGUGCGUAUAUAAGAUAUAUUUGUAUGUGUCAUCAUCAGGGUUUCUGGAUAACACAAAACUUAUGUGUCCAAACUAUGGCGUAUAUAUUAUGUGGAAGAACUCACAGGUCCAUACCGUUACUGUUUUGUCAGUUUGAUAUGUGCUUACACUUGGAUUCAGUUCAACAGAGUUUCAAACUGUAAACCUAUGCUUAAUGCAACAUGUUCAAGAGGGGCAAUAACUUGUUUUAUUAUAACAGAAAGAGUAGAAAUCUCUAUAUAAAUAAAUAUAUAUGUAUAUGUAAAAGAUCUUUUCAUUUUUACCUAGGAAAUAUUUGACACAUAUGCCACAAGGAUAUUUGAAAGUCAUUUUCAUUUUACAGUAUCUGUAACUAUGUUAUGUACAAAUGGGGAAUAAAUAUGGAAAUUGUAUAAAUGAGUAUCACACUUCACAUGAACAUUUUUGAAGCCAUCAGUUUUGUCAUUUUGGGACAAUACAAAUAACAUUCUUCUUUUUCUGUUUGAAUGUUAUGG